AGACAAGACAUGACGGGCCUGCGCUGGGAAAUUUUGACCUUCACCCCGCUGAGGCUGUCAAACGUCAAAAUGCGGUUCCCAGUCUUUCUCACGUAUGGCGUCGCUCUUCUGACUACCUCUGUCCCAGUCUUGGCCAUCCCCAAGCUUCAAAAGGAGUAUCGCCAUCGAAGGCUACCUACCGACCCUCUUGUAAAGCGAGACACUGAGGGGAGUUGCACGGACACGUCUGCAUUCGUGGAUUCGUCGGCGCCAAAAGCAAACAUUUUUUAUGGCUUGUCAGACCUCGAAGUUGCCGAUGUUGCUAGCUGGCUUUUUGCGCAACCUGAUUUGAACUUGACUGUGACUGCCAAUGCCACUGAUUGGGACAACACCAUCACUCUGAUUGAGCUUCUCCAGCCCAACAAGACUGAUGCUCUAGCAUAUCUCGAUGGAGACUCCCCACCCCCGACACGGAAUGCACACGUGAUUCUUUCCAUAUCUUCAGUGGAUGAACCAUACUAUGCAGAUCUGAUUGUCGGUCCCUUGCCUGCUGUGGAAGGGACGACCACCUGGACUCCUUUGGAGUAUAUAUACACAAAGAAAGCGGGUGGCAAAGUUCGCAAUCUGGACGCUGACUAUGAAACUGUCUAUUAUGAAUGGGUUAGUGUCAUCACUGCUAGUGUAGCAGACAUCACGGAAGACCUCAUCGGGGGUAGUGCCACCGGCUCCGAAAACGAUACCCUCUCCGUCUGGGGAGUAGAUCCGUAUUGGCAGGAUGAUGGACGAGUCGUUCGAUGGGAUUCCUUCUUUGGAUAUCCAGAAGGAGACUUUGACAGCAUGACCCUUCUGCCGCUUGGCCUGUAUUUCAAAUCUGAUGUCACUGGACGUGAUCCAGCCGAGUGGGAAUUCCAAGGAUGGCUCUACAACAACAUCUUUUACGAAACGACGGAAGAAUUUCGAGCAGCAUGGGAGUCGCCAGAUUUCGUCAAGAUUCCCAUCAACACCGAUGGUCCAUGGGGUCACACUGACCAGCAAGGCCCAGUUCUGCCCAUGGAUGUGUCACAGCCACCAACUUUGGUUGCACCGACUGGAGCUCGAUUCACAGUUGACAAAGAUGCAAGGUUUGUCAAAUGGAUGGACUUUGAGUUUUUCAUAUCCUUCAAUCGUGACACUGGAAUGCAUCUUCACGACGUCAAAUACAAGGGCGAGCGAAUCAUCUACGAGCUGGGUCUCCAGGAGGCCCUGGCACAUUAUGCGGCCAACGAUCCUUUCCAAUCCGGAACAGCCUACCUUGACAGCUACUAUGGCUUUGGGCCUUAUUCGUUCGAAUUGGUUAACGGAUACGAUUGCCCCAGCUACAGCACAUACCUCAAUACCAGCUUCUACACUCGGGAAACUACUCGAACACAUCUCAACUCCAUCUGCUUGUUCGAGCACGAUCCUGCCUACCCAUUGCAACGCCACUCUACCGGUGACUAUGUCAGUGUGACCAAGAAUAUUAUCUUCACGGUUCGAAACAUCUGCACAAUUGGAAAUUACGAUUACAUGUUCUCGUACGAGUUCUACAUGGACGGCUCGAUCGGAGUGGACGUGCGAGCUUCCGGAUAUAUCCAAUCGACCAACGCGGCCAACAACGGAGACUAUGGAUACAAGAUCACAGGAGAAAGCGUGUCAGGCUCCAUGCACGACCACGUCAUCAAUUUCAAGCUGGAUCUCGAUAUUCUGGGCACGGAAAACACAAUGGAGUUGACGAAAUUGGUACCGACGACCGAGACAUACGCCUGGUCGAAGAAGCCACGCAACACGAUGAAGCUGGAGCGGAACCUUCUGGAGACUGAAGACGACGGCAAGAUCUUCUGGGAUCCAUUCACGCAAUACUCCAUCAUCAACACAGAUCAAGUUAACGAAUUCGGCGAGUAUCCUGGAUACCGAAUCCUGCCAACCGCAUCGACCGCUCACCUGACGAUCCUCAACAGCACCAACUUAGAAAACGCCGCCAAUUGGGUUACCCACGACUUGAUGGUGACGGCACAGCACGACACCGAACCACGCAGUGCCCACCCAUACAACAGCCAAGACGUCUUCGACCCACCCGUCGAUUUCGAAGCCUUCUUCAACGGCGAAAACCUGACCCAGACCGAUCUCGUCCUGUGGUUCAACCUGGGAAUGCAUCACGUACCUCACACGGGUGAUCUACCCAACACUGUCUUCACCACCGCCCACAGCGCCAUCAUGAUCACCCCACACAAUUACCUCGCCACCGACGCGUCUCGCCAGACCGUCCAGCAAGUACGCAUCAACUAUGGCGGCGGGAACGCCUCGGAAGUCACUUCCUUCGGCCAGGAACCCGCCCAAUGUGUCGUGGGCGUCUCGUCCGAAGACUACAACCUCGAGGGAUAUUUGGGUGAUGUGGUCAUUCGAAAGUUCCCCUACGAUCCUACUGAUCCUUGGUAUGAAACCGGAUGGAUCGGCAAAUAGAUUUGCCUGAUAUUACGAAAAAGGGAACCCGGGGCAAGCAAGCGAGCGAGCUUAUGUGCAUGC